AUGACAGGUCCAGGGCAUCCCUCUUCCUCGCCGUGGGUACAGAGUGCGCAGGGCGCCCACUGUGAUAGCGGCGCAACGCACUCCCUCUUCCACUCGAGAAUGUCCCCGUCCAACACGGGCUUGCUCUCAAGCAGCUCGGUUGCAGAACGUCCGAGUCCCAACUACUUCGGCAUAGCAGUAGAAAAUCCCGGAAACCCACCGACCUCCAGCCCAGGGCUGCACACGCAAAAGAAUUGGGGCUCUUUGUCGCGCACGCAAUCUUCGAUUCCUAGUCCAGAGCCGCGAUGGUAUCCCCAGGAAUCGGUACCAGAAGGUCUGGCGAAUCGCCUCAAGUCUGAAUCUGAAUCGAAUAAAGAACGUCGAGAUUCGGGAUCUCAAAAACCCCGUGUCACAAACGGCCAGAUACUGGCCAAGCAUUUGUGGUCCAAGCCCUAUUCACCACAUACAAGUGCUGGAUCAAAUGUUCGGGUGGAUGGGCAAUCAAGCGAGCGUGGACAUGGGAUCGCAAAAACCGGAUUCUCUUCCUCACAAGCAUCUGUACCGUACCUGUGGGUUUCGGCUGAGCGCUGUGCCGAGCUGCUUAAAUCACAUCGCCAAACCAUUUUGCUAUUGGAUGUCCGCCCAUACGCUCAUCAUGUGCAAUCCAACAUCAAGGAAUCAUUAAACCUCUGCAUUCCCACCACGUUAUUGAAGCGCCGUUCCUUCGAUACUCAGAAACUUGAGAAUACCUUUACCAACGACGCAGAUAAACAAAAAUUUGCCCGAUGGAGACAGUGUAGUGUGAUCAUUGUCUAUGACUCCAAUACGGCUGAGCGAAAAGAUGCCGCCCCGCUUUUGAAUGUGAUCGAAAAGUUUCAGACGGGAGGCUGGGAAGGUGAUGGAAUGGUUUUACAAAAUGGCUUCGAGGGUUUUGCUGAUCGAUUCCCGCGACUGAUACAUCGACCGGGGGUGGCAGGGCCGUCCCCUAAAAAGCGGUCUCCGAUGAGCAUUGAUCUCAAAUCCGUUGCUCCAGUUGUUGGAGGGUGCGCCCUUCCGGAGUCGUCAUAUGCGAUCAAUCCUUUCUUCGGCAAUAUCAGACAGAACAUGGACCUUGUCGGCGGCGUCGGGCAGAUUCCCUUGAAACAACCCGAUGAUCUGACCGAGCCUGAACGGCAAUCACUUCCUCUCUGGCUGCGAGACGCCUCGAAUGUCAAGGACCAAGGAUACACUGUCUCGGAUAAAUUUCUGGAUCUGGAGAAGAAGGAGCUGGAACGCAUGAAGCAGGCGCUGGCAUAUAAAGGAUCUUCGGCUUCGGCUGGUGGUGCGUCCAAGAAGUAUCGUGUCGCAGGGAUUGAAAAAGGCACGAAGAACCGAUAUAAUGACAUCUACCCAUUCGAUCAUUCCCGGGUACGGCUCGAAGGGAUACCGUCCGGCGCUUGCGACUAUGUGAACGCCAAUUAUAUGCAAGCUGAAUUCAGCAACCGACGGUACAUCGCCACGCAGGCUCCUGUCCCCGAUACGUUCAACGAUUUCUGGCGUGUGGUUUGGGAGCAAGACAUUAGGCUCCUCGUUUCUUUGACAGCCGAACUUGAGCGAGGACAGGUGAAAUGCCACCCUUACUGGGAGUCUGGGGAUUAUGGCCCGUUCAAAGUCAAGGCUUAUUCGGAGAGAUACAUCUACAUUGAAUCCAAGGGCCGGCCGAUCGAUACGGGGGACAGUCACAGUGGAUCGAGUUCGCAACACCCGCCUGCCGACGGAUCCAACGAAAACCCGGUCAUCAUAGUUCGGCAUUUCGGGCUGAGCCAUACAGGCUUCCCAUUCCAGCCACUGCGGGAGAUCACCCAGCUCCAGUACCCGUAUUGGCCCGAUUUCGGAACCACUUCCCAACCGACUCAUCUGCUGAAUUUGAUUGAGCAAUGCAACAAAGUGAUCCGUGCGACCAGCCCCGUCAGCUAUAAUAGCCAGCAAGCAGAACCGAGGGGCCAACGGCCAAUCCUGGUGCACUGCAGUGCGGGCUGUGGACGUACGGGAACGUUUUGCACGGUCGACAGUGUGCUGGACAUGUUGAAACGACAACGUGCCGAGAGCAACCGUACUGGAACUGAGGACCCCCCGGCCUGGAUCCAUGACGACCGUCUUGACUUGAUUGCAAAGACAGUAGAGGACUUCCGGACUCAGCGGCCAAGCAUGGUGCAGAACCUGAGUCAAUUCGUGCUCUGCUAUGAAAGUGUUCUCGAGUGGUUUGUUUCCCAAUUCAAGAACCAGUCUUAG